CUUGGCGCCGAGUCCCGGGGGAGCGGCGGCGGCGGUGGCGGCGGCGUCCUGGGGCUGCGAGGACCGAACACCUGCCGGGCCCGCCCGCCGGCGCUGGGGCCUCUGCUUUUCAGGAAGAUAAAGCUUUUAAGGCUGCCUAACACUAGAAGGAGAGGCUCUCGAUGCUCUGGGAUGGAGCAGGUGUGCAGAGGGUGAGGACCCGGCUCUGGGAUCAAGUCACUUGCUUCCUUCCUUAGCAAGAUCUUCGGCUUGAGCGAACUUGGCCUGGGAUGAGGAUGUCUGUGGGCCUUCCACUGCUGCUCCCCUUGUGGGGGAGGACAUUUCUCCUCCUCCUCUCUGUGGCCAUGGCUCAGUCCCAUUGGCCCAGUGAACCUUCGGAGGCUGUCAGGGACUGGGAGAACCAGCUGGAGGCAUCCAUGCACUCCGUGCUCUCAGACCUCCACGAAGCCCUUCCCACAGUGGUUGGCAUUCCUGACGGCACGGCUGUUGUUGGGCGCUCGUUUCGAGUGACCAUUCCAACAGAUUUAAUUGGCUCCAGUGGAGAAGUCAUCAAGGUAUCCACGGCGGGGAAGGAGGUUUUGCCAUCAUGGCUGCAUUGGGAUCCACAGAGCCACACCCUGGAGGGCCUUCCGCUGGACACGGAUAAGGGUGUGCAUUACAUCUCGGUGAGUGCUGCACAGCUGGACGCCAACGGGAGCCACAUCCCUCAGGCCUCCAGUGUGUUCUCCAUCGAGGUCUACCCCGAAGACCACAGUGAGCCGCAGUCUGUGCGGGCGGCCUCUCCGGACCUGGGCGAGGCGGCGGCGUCUGCCUGUGCUGCUGAGGAGCCCGUGACCGUCCUGACCGUGAUUCUGGAUGCCGAUCUCACCAAGAUGACUCCGAAGCAAAGGAUCGACCUCCUGCACAGGAUGCAGAGCUUCUCAGAGGUGGAGCUCCACAACAUGAAGUUGGUGCCAGUGGUGAACAACAGACUGUUUGAUAUGUCUGCCUUCAUGGCCGGCCCCGGAAACGCCAAAAAGGUGGUAGAGAAUGGGGCCCUGCUCUCCUGGAAGCUGGGCUGCUCCCUGAACCAGAACAGUGUGCCUGACAUCCGUGGUGUGGAGGCCCCUGCCAGGGAGGGCACUAUGUCUGCCCAGCUUGGCUACCCUGUGGUGGGUUGGCACAUUGCCAACAAGAAGCCACCUCUCCCCAAGCGUAUCCGAAGGCAGAUCCAUGCCACACCCACACCUGUCACUGCCAUUGGGCCCCCAACCACGGCCAUCCAGGAGCCGCCAUCCAGGAUCGUGCCCACCCCCACUUCUCCAGCCAUUGCUCCUCCCACAGAGACGAUGGCUCCUCCAGUCAGGGAUCCUGUUCCUGGGAAGCCCACGGUCACCACUCGGACUCGAGGUGCCAUUAUUCAGACCCCUACCCUAGGCCCCAUCCAGCCCACUCGGGUGUCAGAAGCUGGCACUGUAGUUUCUGGCCAGAUUCGUGCAACGGUGACCAUUCCUGGCUACGUGGAGCCCACAGCAGUUGCCACCCCUCCCACAACUACAACCAAAAAGCCACGAGUGUCCACACCAAAACCAGCAACGCCUUCAACUGACUCAGCCACCACGACUCGCAGGCCAACCAAGAAGCCACGGACACCCAGGCCAGUGCCGCGGGUCACCACUAAAGCUCCCAUCACCAGGCUGGAGACGGCCUCCCCACCUACUCGUAUCCGCACCACCACCAGCGGGGUGCCCCGCGGGGGAGAACCCAACCAGCGCCCAGAGCUCAAGAACCACAUCGACAGGGUGGACGCCUGGGUCGGCACCUACUUUGAGGUGAAGAUCCCAUCCGAUACCUUCUACGACAAGGAGGAUACCACCACCGACAAGCUCAAGCUGACCCUGAAGCUGCGGGAGCAGCAGCUGGUGGGCGAGAAGUCCUGGGUACAGUUCAACAGCAACAGCCAGCUCAUGUAUGGCCUGCCCGACAGCAGCCACGUGGGCAAACACGAGUACUUCAUGCAUGCCACAGACAAGGGAGGCCUGUCCGCCGUGGAUGCCUUUGAGAUCCAUGUCCACAAGCGCCCUCAAGGGGACAAAGCUCCUGCUCGUUUCAAAGCCAAGUUUGUGGGUGACCCAGCCCCAGUGGUGAAUGACAUCCACAAGAAGAUUGCCCUGGUGAAGAAGCUGGCCUUUGCCUUUGGGGAUCGCAACUGCAGCACCAUCACCCUGCAGAAUAUCACCCGCGGCUCCAUUGUGGUGGAGUGGACCAACAACACCCUGCCGCUGGAGCCCUGCCCCAAGGAGCAGAUCACGGGGCUGAGCCGGAGGAUAGCCGAGGACAAUGGGCAGCCUCGGCCAGCCUUCACCAAUGCCCUGGAGCCUGACUUCAAGGCCGUGAGCAUCGCCAUAACAGGCUCUGGCAGUUGUCGGCACUUGCAGUUUAUCCCCGUGGCACCGCCUGGGAUCCCGUCCUCGGUGACACCACCCACGGAGGUGCCAGACAGGGACCCCGAGAAGAGCAGUGAGGAUGACGUCUACCUACACACAGUCAUUCCAGCUGUGGUGGUGGCGGCCAUCCUGCUCAUUGCUGGCAUCAUUGCCAUGAUCUGCUACCGCAAGAAGCGGAAGGGCAAGCUCACCCUUGAGGACCAGGCCACCUUCAUCAAGAAGGGGGUACCCAUCAUCUUUGCAGACGAGCUGGACGACUCCAAGCCCCCGCCCUCCUCCAGCAUGCCGCUGAUCCUGCAGGAGGAGAAGGCUCCCCUUCCCCCUCCAGAGUAUCCCAGCCAGAGCGUGCCCGAGACGACGCCUCUGAACCAGGACACUGUGGGGGAGUACACGCCCCUUCGGGAUGAGGAUCCCAAUGCGCCUCCCUACCAGCCCCCCCCACCCUUCACAGCCCCGAUGGAGGGCAAGGGCUCCCGUCCCAAGAACAUGACCCCUUACCGGUCACCCCCUCCUUAUGUCCCCCCUUAACCCACAAGCGCCUGGGUGGAGGCAGGGGUAGGGCAGGGGCCUGGGGACAACACAGUGUUGUCUGUGGAGCCCGGUGGCCCGCAGACCAUCGCCCACUGGGCGCUGACACCAGACCUAGUACACACUGGCACACGGGGCCUGGACAAGCCCGCCCUCUCUGGUCCUCCCAAACCCCAAAGCAGCUGGAGAGACUUUGGGGACUUUUUUAUUUUUAUUUUUUGCCUAACAGCUUUUUGUUUGUUCAUAGAAAAUUCUUCGCUGCGUUUUUGAUGGCUGGCUCUGAAAGCACCAUUUGGAGUAGAGGUAGAGGGAGGGAGCGAGGAGCCGUGGAUGAACUCGCAGGCAGUGCUGGGCAGCCCCCCGGCUCUCUGCGUUUUGCCUUUAACACUAACUGUACUGUUUUUUCUAUUCACGUGUGUCUAGCUGCAGGAUGUAACAUGGAAAACAGUAGCUAAAGAUUAAAUUCAAAGGACUUUCAGAAGUUAAGGUUAAGUUUUUACAUUUAAUCUGCUGUUUACCUAAACUUGUAUGUAUAAUUUUUGGGUGGGUAUGGGGAAUUGCUUUGCUAAAAAUAAGCUCCCAGGGUGUUUCAAACUUAAGAGAAGACCAAGGGACAGUAUUUUUUAUCAAAGGAAUCCUAUUUUUUCACACUAUGUCAACUUGGUUGCUCUGAUAUCCCAGAGCCCGAUCGGGGGCCUCCUGGCCCUGGCUCGGGGGCCAGGGUCCUGGUGCUGGGUUUGCUCUCCUGCUGUUGGCAGGAGUUGGAAGCUGGAGGGGCCUCUCGGGCCGUGGACAUCCCCACCUCCACCCCAUGCACGCUAGUGGCCCACCACCAAGGGGUCUUCAUUUCCAUGGAAAAGGGACUCCAAGAGGCAGUGGUGGCCGUAGCCCCCACCCCGGGUGCUCCAAGGUGGGCCAGCUGCUCGUGGGGGCGCCUGGGGAGGUUGAGGGACUCGACCACAUCAACCUGUUUCCUUUCACCUUUUAUUUUUUUUUCCCCACCCCUCCUAAAAGGAAUAUCACGGUUUUUGAAACACUCAGUGGGGGACAUUUUGGUGAAGAUGCAAUAUUUUUAUGUCAUGUGAUGCUCUUUCCUCACUUGACCUUGGCCACUUUGUCCCAACAGUCCACAGCCCCGCCCCGAUCCACCCCAUCCCUCUUCUCUGGCGCUCCCGUCCCAGGCCUUGGGCCUGAACGGCUGGAAAAGGCCUGGUGGCUGGGGAGGAGUGCCAGCAAUAGUUCAUAGUAAACAAUCUGUGGGCUCUCAAAGCUAAUUUUUUACUAAAGUUUUUAUACAGCCUCAAAUUGUUUUAUUAAAAAAUAGAUUAAAAACGGUGAUGCUUACAGCAGUUUGUACAAGCUCUUAGUGUUGACUCCAUGGAACUGACGGCUUUGCUCGUUUUGAUUUCCCCCCCACCUUUUCCUAACAGUUUAAAUUCUGGAAUUACACUGGGCUGCUUUUGCCUUUUUUAGCAGAACAUCCGUCCGUCCAUCUGCAUCUCUGUCCCAUGACUCAGGGGCGCCCACUCUGCUCGAUUCUCCUCCUUUGGAAGAAACCAUUCUGAGCAUGACUUUUCUUGGUGUCUGAGUUAUUUCGGGUCCCUUUUAGGGAGGAAUGCCUUUCGCAAUAAUGUUUCCCUUUCCUGAUCUAGGAUGGGUGGGUGGACCCAGGCUCCCUUUGCACACGGAGCAGCUACUUUCUAAGCCAUAUCGACUGUUUUGCAGAGGAUUUGUGUGUGCUGCCUCAGGAGGGGAGGGCUGGCCAGGAGGGGAGGGGUCUCCAUUCUGCUGUUCUCUGGAGGGCGUUUCCCCUCCCUCUGCUCCCACAGGGCUCAGCCCCUCUCCCCUGCCCAUACCCUAGCAGGGUGCUCCGGAACCAGCGGUGUGCCCCUGUGGGGAGCCUGUGCCUGGGGCUCAGCAGAUAGUCAGUGACUGUCAGGCCUCGAGCCUCCAAGCCCUGGUCCGAGCCGGAGUUUCCCUGACGCCCCAGAGUCAGGAGCGCAAGCGGAAUCUGACCUGGUGAGAUGAUUUCUGAUGACCUUGUCAAAAAAUAAACAGUUCCCACUGUUUCAGGUGAGGGCUUUGAAAGGCCUUCCAAAUAGCUCCGUUGCCUCUAGCAACCCCACCACCGGGCACUGCCACACAGAGACGUGGCUGGCCCAGAAUGGCCUGUUGCCAUAGCAACCGGAGGCGAAGGGGCAGUGAACAGAAUAACAAGAGCAACAAUGCCUUUGCAGGCAGCCUCCUCCCCUGAGCGCUGGGCUGGCGAUGGCUGUUGGACUCUGUGAGACGGAGAGCCAAUCUCACAUUCAAGUGUUCACCAACCACUGAUGUGUUUUUAUUUCCUUCUGUAUGAUUUUAAGAUGUGUUUUCUGCAUUCUGUAUAGAAACAUAUCAAACUAAAUAAAAGCAGUGUCUUUAUUACAA